UUGCUGCCUGCCUGGCAGUUGCGUCAUCCAUGCCACAAAAUAUUUAUGGAAAGGGAAUGGGCAUCUAUGGAAGAGGCAUGGGCGGAGGAUUCGGCAAGAUGGGAAUGGGAUUCGGAGGAUUCGGCAAGAUGGGAAUGGGAUUCGGAGGAUCCGGCAAUAUGGGCAUGGGAUACGGAGGAGGAUUCGGCAAGAUGGGCAUGGGAUACGGAGGAGGAUUUGGCAAGAUGGGGAUGGGAUACGGAGGAUUCGGCAAGAUGGGCAUGUACGGAAAAGGCAUGGGCGGCGGAUUCGGCAAAAUGGGGAUGGGAUACGGAGGAGGAUUCGGCAAUAUGGGGAUGGGAUACGGAGGAGGAUUCGGCAAGAUGGGGAUGGGAUACGGAGGAUUCGGAAAGAUGGGAAUGGGAUACGGAGGAUUCGGAAAGAUGGGAAUGGGAUACGGCGGAUUCGGCAAGAUGGGCAUGUACGGAAAAGGCAUGGGCAUGUUCGGAAAAGGCAUAGGUAUGGGAAUGGGCAUGUACAGAAAAGGCAUGGGCAUGGGCAUGGGCAUGUACGGAGGAUAUGGAGGAUUCGGCGGAGGAAAAGGAUUCGGAAUGUACGGAAAAGGCAUGAUGGGCGGCAAAAUGGGGAUUGGAAAAUAAGGUAAAGGGGUAUUCUACUAACUCGACAGACAACGUCGCCGCUGUUGACAACAAGGAAAGAUGACACAUGUAGUUAUUGUUUUCAAUAAAU